AUGCCGGAAUGCUUCACUGACGCGAAAGGCCAGUGGUGGGUCACAGAGACCGUAUGGCUGACAUCCGCCGCCGACAUCCUCGCUGCUUCGGCAGCACUUCAGUCGGGAGAGCGUGGGGCGUACGGGUGCCAAAACCAAAACGGCGUGAUGUGUUAUUUCAAGAACCAGACCCGGCGCGCAACCGAUGCCGAUAUCACUCAAGCCCUGAGUAGGAGGACUCGGGAGCAACGAAUUCAAAUGCUCUUUGGACCCGACAGCGACUAG